AUGGCCCGUGCUUUUUUGGUGUCACGUGUCCGACCCGGCCUCGCUCGAUGGUACGUCGCACCGAUCACGCUGACGCACUGAUCAGCAGCUUGCUCCACCGACUCUGUAAUGCUCCCCAGGUUAAAUCGCCAUCUGGUAUCCUUAGUUCGUGUACUAACCACAUCAAUCAAUUGUUCUGCACUGGGACCUAGCCUUGCUCGGCGGUCCGAGUCACAUGCACUUGUCUCUGUUCAGAAAGCCCACAGGUGGCCAUUCUUUGACUUCGAGAGAAGUGCGAGCAAGCUUUGCUCUAUCGUUCGCUCGCUGAUGCCAAUGUGCUUGCCUUCACAUCGAGAACAGUGCCACAGGUCACACUGCUUCGCCUCCGAUUCGAUGCUGUGGACGGGAGCUUCGAGGUAA